CUGAUGCUACAUCUGUGCAGGACAGCGGCAGGGCGCAGAGAGCUGAGGACCCGGUCAGCAGGCGAGUUCACUUCCGUCAGUUUCAGAUACACAAAGGAACAACGCAGUUACUAUGGCAACGUUCGCUUUUGGACAAACCAGUUCCGCCAUGCAGCAAAUGUUGGGUAACCUGAGGGAGUGGCCAACCUCCACUAAGGCUAAUGACAUUGACCUCAUCUUCCUCAAAGGCAUCAUGGAAAGCCCUGUUGUCUGCUCUCUUGCCAAGAUUCAUGAGCGUUUAGAGGAUAUGAAGCUGGAGGCAGUGCAGGACAAUAAUGUUGAACUAGUGAGUGAGAUUCUAGGGGUAAUUCGUGGGCUGACCAUUAGAAACGACAGUGCUGCAGAGUUAUCGAGAAUACUUCAACAGCCUCACUUCCAGUCUCUCCUGGAGGCCCAUGAUAUGGUGGCAUCAAAAUGCUAUGAGAUUCCGCCCCCCAUCAAGCCGGCCACUGAAACAGCAGUCAACAAUGCACUCAUGCAAGCCGAUGCUGUCAGAAUGAUCGGCAUCCGCAAGAAAGCAGGAGAACCUCUGGGAGUCACAUUCCGGGUGGAUAAGGAUGACCUGGUGAUUGCUCGGAUUCUCUACGGUGGGAUCAUUGACAGACAGGGCCUGCUCCAUGUAGGUGACAUCAUAAAGGAAGUGAAUGGACAGGAAGUGGGCAACAACCCCACAGAGCUACAGGAGAUACUGAAGGACUGCAGUGGAGGAAUCGCACUUAAAAUCCUGCCGAGCUACAUAGAUUCGGCAAUACCACCCCAGGUUUAUGUAAAGCCACAUUUUGACUACAAUCCAGACAAUGACAGUCUGAUUCCAUGCAGAGAGGCCGGACUCGCCUUCAACAGGGGUGACAUUCUUCAGAUAGUCAACAGAGAGGACCUGAACUGGUGGCAGGCAUGUCAUAAAGUAGGAGGGGCUACAGGGUUAAUUCCCAGUCAGUUUCUGGAGGAGAAAAGGAAAGCUUUUGUUCCAAAGGACUUGGAUAGAACAGGAAUCUUGUGUGGAACAGUGAAUGGUAAAAUGAAGAAAAAAAGGAUGUACCUGACUUCGAGGAAUGCAGAAUUUGACCAUCACGAGCUGCAGAUCUAUGAGGAGGUAGUAUGCAUGCCACCAUUCCAGAGGAGAACACUGGUUCUGAUCGGAGCGCAGGGAGUCGGCCGUCGCAGCCUGAAAAACCGUCUGUUGGUGCUGCAUCCUGACCGCUAUGGAACCACAGUACCAUUCACAUCUCGAAGGCCUCGAGAGGACGAGCAUGAUGGUCACACUUACCAGUUUGUGACACAGAUGGACAUGGAGCGGGACAUUAAAUUGGGAUGUUUCUUGGAGCACGGCGAGUAUGAUGGCAACCUGUAUGGCACCAAGAUCAGUUCUAUUCAUGAGGUAGCGAACACGGGACGCACCUGCAUCCUGGACGUCAACCCCCAGGCUCUGAAGAUGCUGAGAACAGCGGAGUUUAUGCCCUAUGUAGUGUUCAUAGCGGCUCCUGAGUUCGAGACACUGAAAGCUAUGCACAAAGCUGUCGUUGAUGCAGGAAUCACCACCAAACAGCUCACAGAUGUGGAUCUAAAGAAGAGAGUGGAUGAGAGUGCAUGCAUUCAGAGGACAUAUAAACACUACUUUGACCUCACCAUUGUGAGCGACAACCUGGACGCUGCAUUUGAAACACUACAGGUGGCUUUGGACAAGCUUCGUUCUGAACCACAGUGGGUUCCUGUCAGCUGGGUUUACUAAAGGUGUGAGUGUGUGAGCUGUGCAGCUGUUAAUAUCGACUGUGUGUAGAAAAUACAGUACUCCUUCUACUCAAAGGGAAGAUGACCUAGUUUUAUACUUGCACUUUUAGGAAAAAAUUGUUUUUAUUCCACAUUGGAAUUAAAAAACAACAACAAAAGAUAACCAUAAAGAUUUCCAUAUUGUUCCAUUUUUGUUGCUUUAUUUGUUUCUCUACUUGUAUACUUGUGGUUUCCCCCAAACCAACUGUGAUAUUGUAUUUCUACAAUGCAGUGUUUAAUAGAUAAGGGCUGUAAUGGAACACAGUGGCUGGAUUUCCAGGAAUCGUAGAUUACUUGAAAAAGUGACUUCUCUUGGCCAAAACCACAUGUAGGGCAGUGGCGGCUCUGGGUUACUGGUCUAAAGGUCGGGGGUUCAAGCCCCAACACUGACAAGCUGCCGCUGUGCCCUUGAGUAAGACCCUUAACACUGUAUCAUUGCUGACCCUGCACUCUGACCCCAGCUUACUAACAAGCUGGGAUAUGUGAAGAAAGAGUUUCACUGUACUGUAAUGUAAUGUAACAAGGUUUCUAUCUAUUCUAUUAUGCAUGAGGAUUGAAAAUUAGAAACAUCUGUUGGUGUGUUUUGAUGUGCCACGUAUACCUACUGUACACCUUCAAAUCCCAUAAGCAAAAGCAGUAUCACUGAACACAUACACUCUUAUAGAGCCUAUUUUAUAACAUACUGUUAAUUUAAUCAUUUUGUGUCUCUGUUUAAUUUUAACUAAAUGUUUAGGUGCAUAUUGUUCUUUGUUAAGUUGAAGUUUUAGAGGUUAUUUUGACACAGACCUCUAUGAAAGCUAGUUCCACAGUAUUUAGUGUGACAUGUCAAGCCAACCUUCUCUCUCUCUCUCUCUCUCUCUCUCUCUCACUCUCUCU